AUGUCGGGCAAGUACGUCUUCACCAAGGGCCUCAAGGAGCUCCGCUUCCUCUUCUGCCAGACCUCAGAGCAGAGCGCUGCCACCCGAUCCUUCCUCAACCGCGCCUACCCGACCAUGAAGAAGCACAACCCGCACACUCCCAUCAUGAUGCGCGAGGCUUCGGGUACCCAGCCGCGAGUCUUUGCCAGAUACGAGCUCGGAAAGGAGAAGCAAGAGACGCUGUCCGGUAUGCAUCCCCCGCAUGGUGAUGACUCGACCCGAAAUUCCAUCCGCUAA